AUGGGUUCUAUGUUCCGCAGUGAGGAGGAGUGCCUGGUGCAGCUCUUCCUUCAGUCUGGUUCGGCCUAUAACUGUGUCAGUGAACUGGGAGAACUGGGCCUGGUCGAGUUCAGAGACGUGAGUUCUGUUCUCUCCUGACCUCGAUUUGUCUCACUGGCUAAGAACUAAUAGCUGUAACUAAUGUCUCAACUAUCUUGCUAUGAAUAAUUACGUUUGAAAUUAAUGACGUGUCAACUAAAUAAAGCAUAGUUUGAAUAACUUGUAACUAACGCUCUCUUGUGCUCUUGCCUCCGUGGUGAAUCAGUUGAACCCCAACGUCAACUCCUUCCAGAGGAAGUUUGUGGGGGAGGUGAGACGAUGUGAGAAACUGGAGAAAACCUUCUGUGAGUAUCUAGAUCUCUCACACUAUCGUCUCCUAAACCAAGGUCGCUCAGUAAAACCCCUAUCCUAAUACGGGAAAAUUAUGUUUGACAGUUUUCUCCUUUAUAUUUAUCUUUCUUUCUCUCCUUUGGCCUUUCUAUCCUUCCAUAUCUUUCUCCCUGUCUCUCCCUCCAUCUCUCUCACUUUUCAUCCAUCUCUCCACUCAGCGUUCCUGGAGCAGGAGAUCAAUAGGUCCCUGUCGCCCCCCCUCCAUGGUCCCCUUCCUCCCCCCUGCCCGACUCCCUUGGCCCCCCAGCCCAGAGAGGUGCUCACCAUUGAGGAGGAGAGUGAGAGGCUGGCCAGGGAGCUCAAAGAAGUGUCCAGGAACAGAGACGGUCUCAGAGCCCAGCUGACCAAGCUCAGCCAGUACAAAGGAGUUCUCACCCAGACCCACUCCCUCACCGCCUCACAGGUCAAAACUACACCUCCUCUCCUCUCUCUCUCUCUCUCUCUCUCUCUCCUCUCUCUCUCUCUCUCUCUCUCUCCUCUCUCUCCUCUCUCUCUCUCUCUCUCUCUCUCGUCUCUCUCUCUCUCUCUCUCUCUCUCUCUCAUCUCUCUCUCUCUCUCUCUCUCUCUCUCUCUCUCACGCACCACUCACUCACUCACUCCACUCACUCACUCACUCACUCACUCACUCACUCACUCACUCACUCCCACUCACUCACUCACUCACUCACUCACUCACUCACUCACUCACUCACUCACUCACUCACUCACUCACUCACUCACACUCACACCCAGACCCACUCCCUCAGAGAACUAAAACUACUGUUUGGAUGUGUUAAAGUCUCCCUAACUCUUUUUAUUGUUUCCUCUUACAGGCUCCACCUCCUCUACGGGAAACAGUAGGCAUAUUGGAGCCUAACCGUCAGGAUGUCCACCUCAGGUAAACAUCAUUGGUGAAAACGAUUGCCCGUGUCUUUCAACCUUCUUUUUUUAUAUUGGCUGUGGACAAUGAGUGAUUUCCAUUUUCCAGUUGGUCAACAUCCACAUUUGCCAAUUUAACUGUUUUUUUUUGCUCAUCCCUCUCUCUUCUGCAGUUUUCAGGCUGGUGUGGUCCACCCCUGGAAAGUCCCAUUGUUUGAGCGGUUGCUAUGGCGAGCAUGCCGUGGUUACAUCAUCGUGAACUUCAGAGAGAUGGAGGAGCAGCUGGAGCAUCCUGACACGGUGAGGAGAGAGGGCGAGGAGGAGGAGGAGGAAGAAAGAAAUGAAGAGAAAAGUUAUACUUAAAGUAAAACUCCACCCUAUCUUUUGGUAUUUGUUUAAUUUAUCUUUUGUUAUUUGUUUCAUUAGGCCAUAGUUGAUAUAGUCCCAAAAUGUUUUGUAUGUCAGCAAUCAAGUUGCAUCAUAUGAUGCAAAAUGCAUCAUAUCGGCUGUAUUUCUGUAUUUUGAAAGUUAUAUAUCUUGAUUGCUGACAUGCAAAACAUUUUGGGACUAUAUCAACAAUGGACUGAUGAAACAAAUGGCAAAAAGAUUUUGGGUGGAAUUUUCCUUUAAGUAAGAGUGGCAAACAAGAUGGUCAAUGUGUCAACAUUUUUAAUAUGUGAUGGGAUUGCAGGGGGAAAUGGUGCAGUGGACAGUGUUCCUCAUAUCUUACUGGGGAGAUCAGAUCGGACAGAAGGUCAAGAAGAUCUGUGAUUGGUGAGUAAACCUGUCCACUUCUUGUUGUGUCAUUUACCCAAUUGCAGUAGUCCAUGUACAUACUUGUUUAAUGACCCUUGUCUUUCUUGCACCACCUUGAUAACUUGCAUUCCCAGCUUCCGCACGCAGGUGUUUGCGUACCCUGACAGCCCCACACAGAGAGAGGAGAUUCUCCAGGGACUGCAGGGCAGAAUUGAAGACAUCAAAUCUGUAUGUCAGACACUACCGCUGUAUAAAAUACAUUCACCUUCAACUUUGUUGCUGAAUCACUAAAAUCAUUGGGAGCGAACAUUUACUGUCUGUAAAGUUGCCUCGAACUCCAUCUCUAAUCCACACCUCCCCAUUCGUCCUUCACCCCUCUGCCCUCCCCUCACCAGGUCCUCUUUCAGACAGAGCAGUUCCUCCAGCAGCUGUUGGUGCGUGCUGUAGCGGUAUUGCCCCAGUGGAAGGUGCGGGUCCAGAAGUGUAAGGCAGUCCAGGCUGUACUGAACCUCUGCAGCCCCUCCGUCACCGACAAAUGUCUGAUCGCUGAAGCCUGGUGUCCCGUCAGCAAGCUGCCCGAACCCUGAGAGAAGGAGGGGUGAGAGAGGGGAAGGAAAGAGGGAGGGGUAGAUGGGAGACAGAAGAAGGGAGAGUAGAGGUGGGAAAGAGAUUGUGUGAGAUUGAGUAACGCAACACAAGCGAGUUACUGGUCUUUUGUUGUCAUGCUGUUUAAAUGUAGGAAUGGAUGUCAUUUUACAAAGUACCCCAAACGUGUAUGUCUUUAAGCUCCCUCAUCUUCUCUCUGUCCCUCCCCCUAUCAGAGGAAGAGUGGCAGUGGGGUGGACUCGUUCUACAACCGCCUCCCCUGCUCCACCCCUCCUCCCACACUGUUUCCCACCAACUCCUUCACUGCAGGCUUCCAGAACAUUGUAGACGCCUACGGAGUGGCCAGUUACCGCGAGGUCAACCCAGGUAUCACUCAAUCAAUACAUCAAUCCAUUUAGCAGUCACUUCCAACCUCUAACCAUCUAACAACCCAGGGAAGAACCAGCUGCUCUAGUAUAUGUCAAUGAUCAGAACUAUUAUCCCCCGUUCUCUCGCUCACCCCUCUCUCUAUUUUCUUCUCUCCUACUUUCUCUGGCUAACCUCUCUCCAUUACCCUCGCUCUCCUUUCCCCAUAUCUCCCUCCUCCUUUCUCUUUUUCCCUUUCUCAUUCCCUCCUCCCCCCUGACUCUGUAGCGGUGUACACCAUCAUCACAUUCCCCUUCCUGUUUGCGGUGAUGUUUGGGGACGUGGGUCAUGGCCUGCUGAUGUUCCUGGCUGCCCUCUGGAUGGUUCUGGAGGAGAAGGACCCCAAACUCAGGAACAACACUAAUGAGGUCACACAGACACACACACACAGUCACACCUUUCCAUACACACCCUUUAAAUUGAGAGACUGACAAAUAUACUGAUUCAGAGGAACAGUCCUAAUAUAAUGUCUCUGUGUGAUUUAGAUCUGGAGGAUGAUGUUUGGAGGGCGCUAUCUGAUCCUGUUGAUGGGACUGUUCUCUGUCUACACUGGGGCCAUCUACAAUGAGUGUUUUAGCAGAGGACUCAGCCCCUUCAACUCCGGCUGGCAUGUAGGACCCAUGUUUGAGAACGGGGAGUGGAAGUAAGGACACACACACACACACACACACACACGUGUGCCCGUGCCCAUCACUCACACAUGCAUAACAGCGCCACAAUCACUUUUCUGAUUGUCCUGUAUGUUAUGUUUACAAUAUGAGUUUUGUAUCUCUCUCUCUUUUUCUCUUAGUCCAACAACUGUUAAAGAGAACAACUUCCUGUCCCUGGACCCUAACAUCACUGGGGUUUUUACCGGACCCUAUCCCUUUGGCAUCGAUCCGGUAUGGAAAUGCACCUCACACUGCCUCUUAUCUUUCUUUCACUCUCCAUCUCUCACUUUCCAUCUCUCACUCCUCCAUUUCUCACUCGUCCAUCUCUCACUCUCCAUCUCUGUAAUGAUUGUUUCAAUGACUGUUCUUAUGAGUAACUGUGCUGUCUGUCUGUCCCUCUCAGGUCUGGGGUCUGUCCAACAACCACCUGACAUUCCUCAACUCCUACAAGAUGAAGAUGUCUGUCAUCAUCGGGGUCAUCCACAUGACCUUCGGAGUCUGUCUGUCCUUCUUCAACUACAUGUGAGGGAACAGUGUGUGUGUGUGUGUGUGUGUGUGUGUGUCUGUAAAGGAAAGAAAGUAAACCAAAUUCCAUUUGAUUUUCAUUGAAAAGCAUUGUAGAGAAUUAGAAUUAGAAUUUUUGUGUACUUCCUGAAUUGACCCCAACCCUGGUGUGUAUGGAACUGCAAGGGAGUAUCACUGUAAUCUAAUAAUUUUCUCACCAUCCCUCUUGCUAUCCCUACCCCUCUCCCUCUACCCACCCACUUCUCUCUUUGUCUCUCUAUUCACCCCUCUCUCACUCUACCCAUCCCUCUCUCCCCCAUCCCUCCAGACACUUUAACCAGUUGAGCAGUGUGUUCCUGGUACUGAUCCCAGAGCUGUUCUUCAUGCUGUGUCUGUUUGGUUACCUGGUCUUCAUGGUCAUUUUCAAGUGGCUGGCCUUUGACACGGCCCACUCUAACUCCGCCCCCAGCAUCCUCAUCCACUUCAUAGACAUGUUCCUAUUCACCGAGAACAAGGAAAACCUACCCCUCUACGAAGGACAGGUGUCUGUCUGAAUGUGGCUGUUUGAAUGUGUGUGUUUUGUGGGGAAACCUGGUGGCACUGUACAGGACUGGUACAGUGAGGGAAAAAAGUAUUUGAUCCCCUGCUGAUUUUGUACGUUUGCCCACUGACAAAGAAAUGAUCAGUCUAUAAUUUUAAUGGUAGGUUUAUUUGAACAGUGAGAGACAGAAUAACAACAAAAAAAUCCAGAAAAACGCAUUUCAAAAAUGUUAUAAAUUGAUUUGCAUUUUAAUGAUGGAAAUAAGUAUUUGACCCCCUCUCAAUCAGAAAGAUGUCUGGCUCCCAGGUGUCUUUUAUACAGGUAACGAGCUGAGAUUAGGGGAACACUCUUAAAGGGAGUGCUCCUAAUCUCAGCUUGUUACCUGUAUAAAAGACACCUGUCCACAGAAGCAAUCAAUCAAUCAGAUUCCAAACUCUCCACCAUGGCCAAGACCAAAGAGCUCUCCAAGGAUGUCAGGGACAAGAUUGUAGACCUACACAAGGCUGGAAUGGGCUACAAGACCAUCGCCAAGCAGCUUGGUGAGAAGGUGACAACAGUUGGUGCGAUUAUUCGCAAAUGGAAGAAACACAAAAGAACUGUCAAUCUCCCUCGGCCUGGGGCUCCAUGCAAGAUCUCACCUCGUGGAGUUGCAAUGAUCAUGAGAACGGUGAGGAAUCAGCCCAGAACUACACAGGAGGAUCUUGUCAAUGAUCUCAAGGCAGCUGGGACCAUAGUCACCAAGAAAACAAUUGGUAAUACACUACGCCGUGAAGGACUGAAAUCCUGCAGCGCCCGCAAGGUCCCCCUGCUCAAGAAAGCACAUAUACAGGGCCCGUCUGAAGUUUGCCAAUUAACAUCUGAAUGAUUCAGAGGACAACUGGGUGAAAGUGUUGUGAUCAGAUGAGACCAAAAUCGAGCUCUUUGGCAUCAACUCAACUCGCCGUGUUUGGAGGAGGAGGAAUGCUGCCUAUGACCCCAAGAACACCAUCCCCACCGUCAACAAUGGAGGUGGAAACAUUAUGCUUUGGGGGUGUUUUUCUGCUAAGGGGACAGGACAACUUCACCGCAUCAAAGGUACGAUGGACGGGGCCAUGUACCGUCAAAUCUUGGGUGAGAACCUCCUUCCCUCAGCCAGGGCAUUGAAAAUGGGUCGUGGAUGGCUAUUCCAGCAUGACAAUGACCCAAAACACACGGCCAAGGCAACAAAGGAGUGGCUCAAGAAGAAGCACAUUAAGGUCCUGGAGUGGCCUAGCCAGUCUCCAGACCUUAAUCCCAUAGAAAAUCUGUGGAGGGAGCUGAAGGUUCGAGUUGCCAAACGUCAGCCUCGAAACCUUAAUGACUUGGAGAAGAUCUGCAAAGAGGAGUGGAACAAAAUCCCUCCUGAGAUGUGUGCAAACCUGGUGGCCAACUACAAGAAAUGUCUGACCUCUGUGAUUGCCAACAAGGGUUUUGCCACCAAGUACUAAGUCAUGUUUUGCAUAGGGGUCAAAUACUUAUUUCCCUAAUUAAAAUGCAAAUCAAUUUAUAACAUUUUUGACAUGUAUUUUUUUCUGGAUUUUGUUGUUGUUGUUAUUCUGUCUCUCACUGUUCAAAUAAACCUACCGUUAAAAUGAUAGACUGAUCAUGUCUUUGUCAGUGGGCAAACGUACAAAAUCAGCAGGGGAUCAAAUACUUUUUUCCCUCACUGUAUGUGUGUGGUAGGGCAUGGAAGGGCACACAACGCACUCACUCCAAAGUACGUAUUUGUCUAAGUAUGCUUAAUGUUAGCUGAAUAAUUGAAAAUAUAAUCUAUAGGCAAACAAUAGUAUGGCAGCAUGCUCACUCCAAAAUACAACCUGCACUCGUGUGUGUGUGUGUGUGUGUGUGUGUGUGACGUUCUAACUCCCUCUCUCUCUGUACUGUAGAUGGUGGUACAGAAUGUCCUGGUGGUGCUGGCGCUGUGUUUUGUUCCAGUCCUACUGCUGGGGAAACCCAUCCAUGAAUACAUCACACACAAGAGGAAACACCGGCACAUGGUGAGCAACUGUGUGUGUGUGUCUGUUUGAACAUGUGCUAUGUGUAUUGAUUUGAGUGUAAGUAUCUAGAAUGACUUAGUUUAUUCUUAUGUGUAUAACAUCUGUAUGUGUAAUAUAUUUACAUUUACAUUUUAGUCAUUUAGCAGACGCUCUUAUCCAGAGCGACUUAUAGUUAAUAUAUGUAUUGUGUAUUAAAAUAUGUAUUUAUAUACAGUAUGUAUUAUAAUGUCUGUGAGUUGGUCUGAUGUGAUUGUGUCUUCCAGGCAGGAGACAGACGACCCCUGUUGGCUGAGAACAGUUCCAUCAACGCUCAUCAGGGAGAGGUGGAGACAGGGAGUCACAGAGAGGAGGAGAAGGUGAGAGGGGGAGACAGGGAGUCACAGUGUUACCCGUGCUAGCUCCAUGAUUGUGGACUGCAGGAAAAAAAAAAGAGGACUGAGCACACCCCCAUUCUCAUCGACGGGGCUGUAGUUGAACAGGUUGAGAGCUUCAAGUUCCUUGGUGUCCACAUCACCAACAAACUAUCAUGUUCCAAACACACCAAGACAGUCGUGAAGAGGGCACGACAAAGCCUAUUCCCCUCAUGAGACUGAAAAGAUUUGGCAUGGGUCCUCAGAUCCUCAAAAAGUUAUACAGCUGCACCAUCGAGAGCAUCCUGACUGGUUGCAUCACUGCCUGGUAUGGCAACUGCUCGGCCUCCGACCGCAAGGCACUACAGAGGGUAGUGCGUACGGCCCAGUACAUCACUGGGCGAGAAUGAGUGAAAGAUGGUGGGAAGGAAUUAGAUGAAGGGGGAGAGGAGUGUGUGAAUGGAGAAUAAGAUCAAAUAUAUUAUUCAUAAAAAGAAAUUCUAUGCAAUAUUGUCUGUUGAUUUUAGAAAUGUUUGUCUCUCUCCUAGGGUGGAGUUCCAGAAUAAGUUCUACAGUGGAACAGGCUACAAGCUGAACCCUUUCUCCUUCUCAUCCCUGGUCCACUAUGUGAACAUUUAA